AUGUAUGACCAUGAAAUUGAUACUUUUAUCGUUGUUGCUAAACUGGGGAGUUUUUCCGCUGCUGCUAGGGCAAUGUACAUCUCCAAACCGGCAGUUACCCAGCAAAUUAAUCUGUUAGAAACCAAACUAAGCUGCAAGUUAUUUGUGCGAGAUUCACAUGGUGUUACUCUGACGGAAGCCGGCAAGCUAUUUUUAGUCCAAGCUCAUAAAAUCAAGCAGCUAUGUUUAGCCACCAAACAAAUACUGCAAAACUACCAAAACACGCUGACUGUCGGAACCGGUUAUUUAAGUACCACUAAUUUGUUUGAUCAUUAUUGGACAAAGUUUGCGCAAAAUAAGCAGGUCAAGCUUAAGUUCCAGGAAAUUAAGGACUACGAGCAAAUUCCACCUAAUAUUGAUCUGAUUGAGGGUAUUUACUCAGAAGAACCUCUUCCUAAGCAAGGGUUUUUAUUUAAAGAAAUUACGACUACUCCUUUGAUGGUAGCCGUUCCGCCAACCAACAUUCUCGCCCAAAAGAAGCAAUUGAAGAUUACUGAUUUAAAUAACCAGCGAAUUUGGCUAGUUAAGAAUAAUGUUUUAAGCCAAUCAGCUCAGAUUCAGCAAUUUAUCCAGCAAAAUUGCCACCAUGUGAAUAUCUCCAAUUAUUCCGUUUAUAAUAAGGCACAAGUUAACGCAGCACUUUUGAACAAUAGCUUGAUUUUAGUCCAUCAGGCAUUAGCUAGCUCCUGUGCACCAUUCCUGGUGAAAAAAGUAGCCUGGAAUUUUGACGCAGCAGUUGGCUUUUUCUACCGUAAUCACCCUAAUAAUGUCACGCAUAACUUUAUUGCGAGCCUCGUAACCAGCAAAAGCAAAUCUGCUAACGGCUAA